ACGGGCAGUUGACGUUACGCUGUGCGGCAGAGUGGGUGUGCGCUGUUCUUCCGGGAGAUCGACAAUGUUUGUGCUUUACGAUAGCUCAGUGUCGUUUCUUUAGUGUGUGCGAUGAGUGUAUUUGACGAUUUUCAUAAGGCUUGGCGUUCUCGAUUCCCUGGUAGAGAACUACCAAGCGCCUGGGAAGAAGACGUGCGAGCAAAUUUAGCAAAGCACCGGGCAAGAGCUGCGAUCUUGAGCGAGGAACUAGAGAAGGAACAAUUCUACGUAGAGUAUCUGGAGCGCUUGGUGGAAGAUGUGCAGUUGCAUAACAGGGGGGAAAGAGGAGAAGGUGAAGGUGCAGAUACCCCUUACACCGCUGACCAAGAACACGUGGACGAAACUAUUAAAAGUGUUUUGGGCCAACGAAGCUCACCAGACCAUGAGCGGGAAGAAGAGGAGCAAUGUAGCAGCGUGAAACAGCUCACGCGGCGUUUCAACAAGAACAGCAACGUGCGUAGCAGGCCUGCAGCCUUCCUUAGAAGUACCUCUGUGCCUGCAGCCUCUGCAGCUCCCACGUUAGUGUCACAACACCGUCUUUCUAGCUGCGAGCCUUCCUCGUUCGUAACAGUCAUCCCCAUUUCGGGUGACGGAGACGAGAACUCCAAAGAAGGUAGAUCGCCUCCUCGGGUCCCUCCGAAAAAUUUCACGCCUCGUCCUCCCUCAGUUGGGGACGCGUCUGAGCCACGCCCUCCCGCACCUUUACCCCACCUUUCACUAACCGCAUCUCAGGUGUCACCGCUGAAUACUCGACCGUUUGUCAAGUCCUCUGUGGAGCGGCCAAAUGCUCUAUACAAAUCUGCCUCUACAUCGUCGUCAGUAGACAGCGGUCGGCGCCCUGCAACGCCUCCCGCUCUGCACUGUGCUGACCUCAGCGGCGACGAGGAGCAUCUCUAUGACACGGUUGCUCCUGACGAAGAUGACGAGCCUUACGACACCCUCAAGUCUGGCGGGUCUGGCACGUCCCUUGCCUCCAAGAGUGGCGGGUCGGGGGAGGGGUUGUCUUCCCCCUGCGGCUCCCCGGGGCCUCACACGCUCGAUAGCCCCAAGCACUGCAACUACGUCAAUCUCGACUUCUUCCUCAAAAGGCAACGUAAGGGCAUCGAGGUGCCUGAAGCAGACGACAGCGAGGACGAGGACGUGUCUUCGUCGCGUAGUCUGAUGCGCGCGCCGUCGUCCGAACCUGAGGAGGAGGCCAGGGAUGCUGCGCUCGACAUCGACUCAGGCGUGUACGGCAGCAGUGUGGAAUCGACGAGCCACAUGCCUUCAGCUCCCGAUAGUCCGCCGUGUGUAAGCUCAAGUGUCGUUCGAACAACAACCACUAACCACACCAACGUCAACCACCACCUCAACAACAACAUUCUGCGCAACUCUAGCAACGUCAGCUCAGUUAGCGCGGACAGCAACCUUACUGAUUUCACUGGUACGAAUCGCAGCAAAACAAGCAGGGACAGCAGCGUUAACAUUAACAAGAGUAACAGCAACAAGAGCAGCAGCAGUAGCAGCAGCGACAGCAGCAUUAGCAGUCACGACAAGAGUGGAGGACGACGAUGGGCGUCACUCAGUGACGUGGCCGAAGACCCUGUGCUGGCGGAGGCUCAGCACCUGACCAUGUGCCGCUGUAUCAUUGCCUCCAUACUCGAGUCUGAGACUGUCUACCUGGAGUGCCUGCAGGUCGUGCUGCAGUACAUGAAGGCUCUGAAGGCGACGCUGACAUCGUCGCAGGUCGUAAUCUCCCCAGACGAUUAUUCCACCGUCUUCUACCGCAUCCCUGAGCUCUACAACACACACAAGGAUUUCCUAGAUGGCCUAAAGGAACUCGCAAGCCAGCACGAUGCGCCCAACAGCAGCAUCGGCAGCCUUUUUCUAUCUCUGGCUCAGAAGCUGGAGGUUUACGGGCAGUUUCUGGCGAACUACUCGCGUGCAGUGGAGACGGUGCGUCGUUGCAGCUGCGAGAACAGCUGCUUUGCGACCAUCAGCCGCUCCAUCAAACUCAAGUCGCUGCAUGGUCAGGAGCACACGCUCGAGGAGCUCCUGCACAGGCCCGUCGCCAGGGUUCAGAAAAAUACACUCGUGCUCCACGACUUACUGAAGCACACGCCUGAGCAAGACAGCGAGUCGCUGCAGGAAGCCCUGCGGCUCUUCCAAAGCUUCCUCUCAGAUUGUUCUGUGAUACAGAGUGACGCUAUGCUGCCGUUGUGUGAUCGACCUCAACGGCACCUCGUGCGCAACUCCUUCAUCGUGGAGCUCGUGGACGGCAGUCGCAAGCUGCGCCAUCUCUUCUUAUUCAACGACGUCCUCUUGUGCGCCAAGUAUAAGGCUACAAAUCGAGCGGAUAAAUUCACAUUUGACUUGAAGUGGUUCAUCAGUCUGCACGACAUCUUGAUCGAGGCGUGCAGCAGCCUGGAGCAGUUCAAGGAAGCCAACCCACCCAACCUCGUCAACCUGAAGAGUCAGGCGGCCACCGUGCGGGACCAGCUGCGACGCCUCGAGGGCUCCUCUGACAAGCCGAGCGGUACGGGGGGCGUGCAGUCGGGGGGCGGCGGUCUGCUGCACAACUCGCGCGUUGACAAGCUGCGCAAGCGCCUCUCUGAGCUCGAGGCUCAGCUCAUCCUGGCCUCACCGUCUCUGCCGUGGCGCGUGGGGAGGCGAUGCUUGUCCAACCUCCACCACACGUUCCUGCUCUCGUCGCAGUACGAGCGACAUGAGUGGACUGAAGCUGUUAAUGUCCUGCAGAACAACACCCCGGGCGUGGGCGGGAACUCGCUGACGGCGCAGGAGCUGCAGGGCUGGAUCACCGCCUACCGCAGCUUCCUCAAGACCAACAUGGGCAACUUCCUGCUGCGCUCAGGACGCGACGAGCCGCUCUUACUGGGCGACCUCCACCUCCUCGUCACCGGCAUGCAGGGACUCGCCCAGCCUGCCAGCUUAUUUCUGAGUUUCGAAGUGGACUCGUACGGGCAUUUCUUCCGCAAAGCGAAGACGCGGACGGUGGAGGGACCGCAGCCUGUCUGGAACCAGGACUUCAUCAUCGAGCUCGAGGGCUCGCAGACGCUCAGGGUUUUGUGCUACGAGCAAACCGAGGCCGACGGCAACAAACUCAGAGGCAAAGCUGAACUUGAUCUGUCGACGUCGUGGCUGACGGAGAGCUUGCAGGAGCGGGUGUUGUCUAUAUCAGAGCUACAGCUGUCGCUGCAGCUCAAGUACCUACCGCCUGAAGCCACCCUCAGGAGAGUGCCCACGUCCAAACCUCAUGGCCUAUUUGGCGCGCCCAUCGCUUCCGUCACCAAACGCGAAAAGCGAUGCGUGCCUUUCGUGGUAACUCGCUGCGUGCGGGAGGUGGAGCGACGUGGUAUCGGAGAGCUGGGGAUCUACCGCGUGUCUGGCAUGUCCUCCGACAUUACCAGGCUCAAGAAGUCAUUUGAAACCAACCCGUACGAAGCCGAACAGCUCAUCAAAGAGGUAGACAUCCACUCGGUGACGGGGCUGCUGAAGCUGUUCCUCCGUGAGCUGCCUGAAGCGCUCUUCACGAGCUCUCUGUACCCGAGCUUCUUCAACGCCUACGUCUCCAGUGACCCCGAGCUCAAGAAAAACACGUUACUGGCACUUUUCUCUCAACUCCCGCGCGUCAACCAGUCCAUCAUUGUCUACCUUCUUGAGCACUUAGUCAAAGUGCACAAGUUGGAGGGCGUGAACAAGAUGACGCUGCACAACCUGGCGACGGUGUUCGGGCCGACGUUAGUGAGACCUGCGCCGCCUCAAGGCACUCCUGACCCUGCAGAGCUGCUCGCUGCUGGCACCAUGGACGUCAUGGCGCAGGCCGGCAUCCUGCACUUCUUCCUCCACAGACGUGCGCGCGGCGAGCCCAUACAGGCCGGCGGCGGCAGCGAUGAAGUCGAGUAGCUCCUGGAGGUGGAGCUCUAAUUCUAGGCUCACUUGUGGUGCCAGCGAUUUUAUAAUGAAGUAUUCUCAGCCUUUAUUGUGUUCGGAGAAAUUAUAGCUACUUGAGUGUGAAAAUAUGGAAGAUUCACUUUGCAUUAGGAGCUUUCUACGUACCAACGAAAGUAGAUGUGACAAGUUUGCCUGAAUUUCCUGCUUGAUAACGGUAUUUUGGUUUCUAACUUCUUAUCAAACGUGAAAACAUUCCGGAUUUCUUUGAUUAUAAAAGCCAAAAAAUAUACUUCCACAAUUACAGUUGAUUAAAUGAGAGUUAACUCACAAACGGAGAAUUGUCUUCAUACUAGUUCUUUUGAAUUUUUUUUUUUUUUUUUGCAGUUUUCGUUUUGUUCUCUCACAGGUUUUGUCACCGCCUUAACGCGUUGCCUGCGACGGUGAUUGCGGUUCAAGAUUGAACAAAGUGCAUUUCUAUUUGUGCCAUUUUUUUAAUAAUGACCUCAUUUUUUGUACAUGGGUCAUAGGAAAAACGUGUCUUGUGAGUGUCGAUGUGAUAAACUUAUUACGAGAAUGAUUCCUGCUACCAAGAUUGUAUUGAUCAGAUAAUAGUUGUAUUACUGCACUAGUUUGGCGUAGCCAACUUAAUUUUAGAUUAAGGAGCGGUGUAAGAUCUUGGGAUAAGUACAAACAAGUUAAUUGUCCCUGCGCAUGUAUCGGAAGACAUUUUUUUUUACGUGGAUGAUCGUCCUAUUAUUGGCAACGACUGUUACAUUGUGUUCUGUUUAGCUCGAUUGUCUCGAUGCAGCCCCUUAAAUGUCUGUAAUUCUUUUGAAGAUGUGUAAUUUAAAUUACAAGUAAGCGAUAUUGCAGCAAACGGGGUUCGUUUUUAAAUGAUUUUGAAAGAAUUAUAUACUUCACAAAAAUUUACAUAUAAAAAUAUAAUUCUACUCGCCCCGCACCUUCAGAAAUGCUUCUUCUUCUUAGGUCCCUGGACAUAUCCAGGCGAGACUUCAAUAUUUAUAUUACUGAUAAUAGAGAACCAUGAUGAAAGAAAACUGCUGUUGCCAUUAAAUCAUUAAUUUCUCGAACACUUAAGAAAAAAACUUGUUGGUUUGUGGCAUGUAAAUAGACUGUAAGGAAAUGUUCAACUUAUAAAUUCUAGUGAGUGACCGUAGCCAUCCUCAUCCAGUAGGUUUUUCGUGAGAGAGACGCCUGACAGUACGGACUGCCUGCCCCCCCAGAGCAUGGAACAAUAUUUCGGCUAGCGGCUUAAGGUGAUUUUCUCAUUUACGCACAAUCAACCUCGAUAUUCUUCCCAGAUUUCUCUAGAUGUGCUUAACAUUAAAACAUUGAAAGCACCUAAAUUUUGUUCAUAGAUUUCUCUUCUUUGUGUUGUGAAAACUUGAGAACGAUUGAUUUAUCUGCCAUAAUUGAUUCAAUCUUUGACUUCAUAGUAUAACUGGUCACCCAUCCCCAACGUUGCACUCAUCGUCAAGUAGCUCGAGCUGGAACACAUUUACCCAAGGCCGUCAUAACGAGAGAGUACCUACAGGUUUGAUGCAUGGCUUUGAUAUUUAUCUACAAAGUUGAGUCACUCGUCAAAACAAUUCCGUUAAUCUCUCGAUAUUAUUCUGUUAAUGUGUACGACACAAGCGGUCGUUCUUGCCUGUGCUCGGCCAGUACUUGCGAGAUUGUGGCCAAUGUAAAUCCGGUAAUCAGGUCUCACCCAUGACUUCAUCUGCAAUUAAGAUGGUGGAUCCCUCAUGUUUGUUCUCAUAAUCCAGUUUGCGUAAUAUUUCGUUCGCGUUGUGGUUUAUGUCCUUUAUAUUUGUGUUGAGGUUUGUGUCCUGUGUAAUUUGUGCGUCGUGGGGUUGUUGGCUGGGACUGCCGUCAUUAGGUGUUGCAUCUUUUGUGCGACUUGAUGGAUCUCUGAUGCCGGAAAUGUGAGGAAUGUGCCGCGAAAUUUUCGACGGAGACAUGUGCACUAGCUGGCUCUACCUCGCCAGCUGGACGAAGUUACUGUCGCGCGUUACGCCGAGAGAUGCCUUGAGAUCGUCCACGCCACGCUCAGUAAAGUCUUGCGUUGCCGUACAACUCGGUACAAGUCAAGCACGUCGCACAUCGCUGUUUGAAUGAACGGUGCCUGCGCCACGAGUUUGAGGCCGUAAUCCGCCUCAUGGUGUAGGCCUCUGAUUCUCUACAUAGUCGCUCCAUCUGUGAUAUUACUUAGCUCUUAGUACCUUAGACUUAGUCUUAAAUAUUCAGUAGAUGCACCUUAGCCAUCAUCUGCACCAUGCAUUUAUAUCAAAUAUAUCGUAUGAAUAUAUCAUGACUGUCAAACACUUCGUGUCCUUCCUUCGUGGAUAAAUUAUACUUUUCUCUCUGAAUUUUCCACCCGGUUUAUUGCAAAUGAUUCUUGUGCCAAAUGAUGCCUGUAAAAAAUAUUUGUUUGCCUUCUGGUGGCCAGCUUUGUUCUGUUUUCGUGUGCGGCUUAUACUUAUGGUUGUUCCUUACCAGCGUCUCGUACCUCAAACUCCUAUUUUUGUCUUUAAAAGAAACCGUUGUUAUCUUAGGAGAUAUUGUUGGUAAUGAUUCCAUCACGCUUUCAUUUGAUUCUUCAAUUUUGCUGGAUGUGCUUCAGUAUUUUUAUUUUUUCUUAACCUGACCUGUUGCUAAUUAUCGGCUUUAUUUACCAAUUUUUCGUCAGUGUAAUGCGCAUGCGCAGUGUCUAAGCACCUAAUUUUGUAAUUUUCUAAAAUUAGACUCGUAAAUUUUCAACUAUGCCACGUAAAUUGACAAUGGCUAUGAAUUCUAAUAAACUAGCCACGAUUUUCCGUGUGGCAUUUCUAUUUCGUUAUAUGGAGAUGGUCAUUUGCUCUAGUAGUGAAGGAUUUUUUAUAGUUUUUGAUUGGUCGAUUUCAGGUUAUUCUUCUACUUUGUGCAGCAUGUCUGCCAGUAGUCUGGGACGAUCAUUUGCUCCUCUCCACGAGUCUGCUAGGAGCGUUCAUAAAUAUGCGCGGCAUGAAUGUCUGUUAUUGAAAUAAGUAAAUGCGUCUGUA